AUGUUCGGCCUCAACCUCUUAAAAAUAUUCAUUCUUUUGUCUUCCAUUCAAGUAUUUAUGAUUCCUGGGGUGCUGUGCUUACCACGCUCCACAUCGCAACCAUCAAGUCCUGGAACAGCGGCUUCGAGUUCAAAUCCCGCCCUAGAAGUCAGGGGUAAUCUCGAAAAACGAGACAGCUGGGACUGUAAAGGGUCCAGUAGCUGCGGCAUGGUAAAGGCGAAAGCCUGCAUCGAGGCCCUAGAAGCUUUCCUGUAUUCGAACAAGAACAUCCGCUCGUGGGAUAAGGUCUGGGGUCCGAUAAGGCAUUGGCGGAGCUACGACAGCUAUAAUACUGGUAAAUGCCUUGCCAUGUAUACGUGUGGAGAUUCUCGAGAUUAUGAAUCAGCAGCGAGGGCUGGUGUUGCAACCAUUGGCAAUCUUAUUGCAAAGGGUCGAUCAAUUUACGACGAAGACUUGGGCAAUUGUAAGCGUUGUGGGUCGGUUUGGUUUUGGGGAUCAUGCAGAGUUACUUUCAACUACUGCCAUAACAACUGUGCCGGCACCUAA